AUGACCAUAGGUUUGGCGUGUGGUGUUCGUCAGCUCUUCCCCAUUCUGCUCUCCUUGGUCUUCUGUGGGGUUUGGCUUCUAUUGCAUCCCAGCCUUCCUGGCUGUGAGGGCGGUGCCGUUGCGCGCCCUCCACCGGACGACUGGCUCUCACCGGAGCAGGCAAAGGCACUGCAGACAGAGAACACGCAGUUGAGCCUUGAGCUAGAAAAGGCCAAAGAAGAACUGCAGAAGUUCAACUCCACCUACGGGCAAGUCGUCUCAGCUUAUGCCGCGGCCAAGGAGCAGCUGGAUUCAACCACUGAGAUGCUGCCGUUGGAAUCGCACAACACUUGUGGAGCACCCUCGUCUUUGGUAGCCACGAGUGGCCGCGUCUACUGCGGCGACGUCUCCUUAGAGCUCGGACGGGCCCGCGACUUCGCCCACUGUCAACUCGCCUGCGCGAUGAACUCCAGUUGUGAGUUUUACAGCUACUGGAGUUCCGGCCGUCGGACCCGCCUUUGCCGGAUCACUUCGUCUUGCGAUCACAAGGUGAACGUGAAGGAGUUGAACGAGCAUGUACAGAUCUACCAACGUGUGGUGCCCGUGAGCAGCAAGAGGAGUUUGCUCCAGCUCUUGGGGAUGUAUGACAGUGGGACCAACUUGAUGCUGGCGACAAUCGUGAGCAACUUCCCGCUUUGCUGCCAGCAAGCCUACCGCCCGGACAUCAUGGAUCUUCAGAUCGAAGCCCAAGACCAUGGCCGUUGCCUUCAUUGGGCCACACCCGAGAAGCACGUGAACCCCUUGCAGAUGCUCGAUGCGCUAAAAGGCCAGAAGAUGAAACAUUGGGAUCCGAAGCUCGUGGACUUUCAGCAGAAGCACCAGAUUGCCAUUGUGGCUUUGGUGAGAGAUCCCCUGGCACAGCUGCAAAGCUGGAAGAAGGCGCCUUAUGGCCUGGAGCGGUGUGCCAAGCGGAAGCGUUGCGCCUUCCACAGCACCGCCACGGAUUGCAUCCCCACGACUGCUUGGAUCACCGAGCCCUGCACCUGGUGGGACCCCGCCCGACACCACAACGCAGGCAUCACCGGAGGGUCCUUUCCAUCGUUGCCGGCGAUCUGGAAUGGCUACACUUUGGGCUAUUGGAGGCUGCGAGCGGAGUCUGGCUACAAGCAGGUCUUGCUGGUGAAGUUUGAGGAGUUGGUCAUGGCCCCGGCUGCUGUGGUCAGCAGGAUCUCCGAAGCCAUGGACAUGCGGGUCCACAGUGAGGACGUGGCGGUGGCCGAGAGGGCGGCCAAGGCGCAUGGGAAGGCCAAGGACCGUAAUGCAGCCAUCAAGUCCUUGGAAUCACGAGACUUCGUGAAGAGCUACACCGCCAAGGAAUUGAAGGCCACGUGCAUCCGCUUGAAUUUCAGCCUGGCCUCGAGCGUGGGGUAUCGAUUGACGGAGUGUGAGGACUUCAAGGGCGAAGCGAAGUUGGAGGAGCCCUACUCGGACACUCAGGCAGUAGCUGAGGCAAAACAAGACAUUACCUUGCCGGAGGAGAAGAAAGCUCAGCUGCUUCGCUUUCAGAGUCGACGGGCCAAGAGGUUCCCAUCGAAGGUGUUGAAGCCGCGGAGGCGGCCGACGAGGUGA